AUUUUCUGCUGGUAAGUUUUGAAACGACUUUGACUUCUAAGCGGGUGAUCUCAUGGAGUCUCAUUCGACUGUUUAUCCUGGGACGAACAGCGCAGAAGCUGUCACACCGAAACCACAGCCAACUGUAUAUGGAAACAUAGCUCUGACCCAGGAAGAGUUAGAAAUAUUUCAACAAUGUGGUAAAGAAAGUUUUUAUUCACGAUGUUUGCCUUUUUCAUUAGCUGGAAUGGCUGCUACAUUUAUUGCUGUACAGAGAGGAAUAUUAGCACCUCAUCCAAAAUAUGGAGCAGCAAUAAAAAUGACAGGAGCAGCUUUCAUUGGCUGGCUGGUAGGAAAGAUUUCAUACCGAAGUAAAUGUGAAGAUAAAUUCUUACGUUUAGAAAAUAGUAAGAUAGCAGAUGCUAUUCGAAAGAGAAGAGGCUACACUUCAGAAACGUUUCAAAGUGGUUUGGGUUCUAGUGAUGAUACUGUGUUUAAAGAUGACAGCUUUAGCUUCCCAUCUAGUGAUAAUUAUCAUUCUAGUGCCGGUUCUUUGAAUUUAGAUGUUGAUAAAAAUGUGCAGUAUUCUGGAUUAGAUGAUCUUGGAAGACCGUCUACUGAUAGGGAAAAUUUAUCUUUCUCUGAUGAAAAUGAACAACAAAAUACAAGUAUAACUUAUGAUGAAUUGCGGAAGCGAAAUAGAGAGGAAUUUGAAAGACAAAGCAGGCAGUCCCAAACAUCAAGAACAGAUCAGUCUUCACCUCCAAUUCCGAGACCAUGGGCUAAUCCUGAUAUGGGACAAAGGCGAUAUAAUACUGGUUCUGAAGGUACAAGGAAUAUUUAUGGUGAUGCAUGGGACAAUCCAAAGUUUUCCUAAAAUAGCUUUAAAUCAUUAGUAAAAUUUGAAUUGUGUAUGUGCCUGGAAUCCUGUUUCUUACUCCAUAUGUUAGUUCACAGCACAGUAAAGAAUAAUCUUUAUUAACAAACAGCUAUUUCCAUUAUCUUUAAAAAUUUCUUAUUAAUAAAUAUAUGCUUAAAUACA